GUUAAUGUUGAAGAAGGAAAAUGCGGAAGUCGUCAUUUGACAAGUUUUAUAAAUGAGUAUUUGAAGCUCAGGAAUAAGUGAAGCUGAAAUUUGAAAAAAUAAAAGAAAGAAUGCAUGCUAAUUAUCAGACCAGAAGUCCCACUUGUAGAAUAUUGAGCAAUUUGUGUGAAGUGGGGAAGAUGAAAGAAGUCAGAAUUUGAAACGGAAGAAUGAAGAAAAGAAAUAAAAAUGAAGUUAAGAUAAGAAGUAAUCUGGAAUCAGAAAGCACUACGCUAAGAAUCCCGUUCUGCUUCCAGAAGUGGAAGUGCUCAUGGAUCUGGGAAAUCUGCAAGGCAUACCCCUGCAAGGUCUCGCUCCAAGGAAGAUUCCAGGCGUUCCAGAUCAAAGUCCAGGUCCAGAUCUGAAUCUAGGUCUAGAUCCAGAAGAAGUUCACGAAGGCAUUACACAAGAUCAAGAUCUCGGUCCCGCUCCCAUAGACGAUCCCGUAGCAGGUCUUAUAGUCGAGAUUAUCGAAGACGGCAUAGCCACAGUCAUUCUCCCAUGUCUACUCGCAGGCGUCAUGUUGGGAAUCGGGCAAAUCCUGAUCCCAACUGUUGUCUUGGAGUGUUUGGAUUGAGCUUGUACACUACAGAAAGAGAUCUAAGAGAAGUGUUCUCGAAAUAUGGCCCCAUUGCAGACGUGUCUAUUGUAUAUGACCAGCAGUCUAGACGGUCAAGAGGAUUUGCCUUUGUGUAUUUUGAAAAUGUAGAUGAUGCCAAGGAAGCAAAGGAGCGUGCCAAUGGAAUGGAGCUUGAUGGACGUAGGAUCAGAGUUGAUUUCUCUAUAACAAAAAGACCACAUACCCCAACACCAGGAAUUUACAUGGGAAGACCUACCUAUGGAAGUUCACGCCGUCGGGAUUACUAUGACCGAGGAUACGAUCGAGGCUAUGAUGACCGAGACUACUAUAGCAGAUCAUACAGAGGAGGAGGUGGAGGAGGAGGAGGAUGGAGAGCUGCUCAAGACAGGGAUCAGAUUUACAGAAGGCGGUCACCUUCUCCUUACUAUAGUCGUGGAGGAUACAGAUCACGAUCUAGGUCUCGAUCAUACUCACCUCGUCGCUAUUAAAGCAUGAAGUUGAAGACUUUCUGAAAUUUACCCUAGAGUUGGGAUAUUGUUUGUGGACAAUAUUUUUAUUGUCUCCUGUUUAAAAAGUGAACAGUGCCUAGUGAAGUUAGGUGACUUUUACACCUUUUAUGAUGACUACUUUUGGUGGAGUUGAAAUGCUGUUUUCAUUCUGCAUUUGUGUAGUUCGGUGCUUUGUUCAAAGUUAAGUGUUUUCAGAAAAGUAUGUUUUGCAUGUAUUUUUUUACAGUCUAAAUUUUGACUGCUGAGAAGUUUCUAUUGUACAAAACUUCAUUUAAAAGGUUUUUCUACUGAAUCCAGGGUAUUCUGAAGAUCGAAGCCUGUGUGUAAAAUGCUACCAUAUGGUAAAAAGCAACAAUAAAGUUUGGUUUUUACUUUUCUUUCUAACAUUAA